AUCCCUGCAAGCCAUGGGCACGUGGGGCACAGUGGGUGUGGUGGGGGCGGCGGCUGUUGCCGGGGUGGCCAUCUUGUGUAACCUUCCCACAAACCCCUUCGUUCGUGCGCCCCAGAAGGCCACGCUGGAGUACCUAGAGCAGACGCAACUCCAAACUUUUGGAAGUGAACCCAAGCAUUUUCAGGCUACAGAUUUAUGGCGAGAGAAUGGUGCUGUCAUAAUGGCUGUCCGCCGGCCUGGAUGAUCUUUGUGCAGAGAGGAAGCCCAAGGGCUGUCCUCUCUGCGGCCCCAGCUGGACGCCCACGGAGUGCCUCUCUACGCCGUGGUUCACGAAAAGCUGGGUGUGCCCGAGUUCCAGCCAUACUUUAAAGGAGAAAUCUUCCUGGACAAGGAGCGCCGUUUCUAUGGCCCCGUGGAGCGCACCAUGCUCAUCUCCGGCUUCCUGCGCUGGAGCGUCCUCUCCAACUUUAUGCGCAACAGCAAGACGGGGAUCCAGGGGAACCUCAAGGGCGAGGGACGCAUCUUGGGAAGUGUUUUUGUGGUGGGCUCAGGCUCUCAGGGUAUCCUGUUUGAGCACCGGGAGAAAGAGUUUGGAGACUAUGCCAACACCACAGAGGUCCUCGCCGCAGCCCUCAAAGUCAAGACCAACAAAACUCCUCAGGGGAAAUUAUAGUUUGUUUGCUCGUGUUUUGUUCACUUGUAUGAGGAAAACUCUUUGUGUGUGGUUGUGAAAAUGGGUGUAGUGUCAGGUUUUUAGCUUGUGUUGGUUUAGUUUUUUUGUUUUUUAAUUUUUUUUUGGGAGUGUGUAUGACCUUUGUGUAUAUGAAGAUGUCUUUCGGCAAAGUGUCAGAUUUUGACUGCAUGUUUUGAUGUAUGUGGGUGUUUACAUGCAUGAUUUCUUCAUGCAUACUGGCAGAGUUCCCUUGUGUCAGCCGUAUUCCUGCUUUUCUUACAUUUUUUUCUGCAUGUGGUUUUGAAAGACAUCACAUAACCAUUUGUGUAUUUUAUUAGCUUAAGAUGUGUUACUUUUAAUCAAAGAUAGGUUACUUUCGAUUUAGUAUUGCUUGGUCUGUUGUUAAAUAUCUCAAUUAAAAUUCAUUUUUUAAUAUGUGCACGUUUAGAGUAAAUCAUUUUUUGAAAACAAAAUCUAUUUUGUUUGGGCUUCUUUGAAAUAGGAAUUUUCAAAUUGCAUGACAAUUUGCUUACAGGAGUAGGCCUACUUCCAGUGCAUGUCUUGACCUGUCUAUUUUUUGACAAGAUGGAUUUGACAUGAGACACCCAGAAACAGGAAAGGGCAGACAGGCUUACUUUAUACUCAGGCCAGUGACUCUUUUGUUUGUUUCUGUAAGGUUGUGUUUGUGUGUUGUUUGGUCCCCUUUUGUUAAAGGGUUUUGUUUAUUUCUGUUAUAUUUAUGUAUUACAAUUUGCCUUAGCCAGAAAUGUUUUUAUCCUUAUUCUCCUCAUGACAUUUUUGUGUCUGUUUUCUAUCAGAAGUUUUGACAAUCGGGAGAACGUCUUACUGUUCUCAGUAGUGUGGUGAAAUCUGUCCGCAUUUUUGUAGCCUCAGAACAUUCAUGAUGAAACUGGAGACUUAAAUCUAGAGGUCUUCGGUGGAUGGACUUUGGAAUGUGUCUGGAUCUACCAGAAUGCUGGAAUUAUUUUAUCAUACUGAUAAAUGCGAAAAUUUGCUGAGGAUAUUGUGGUUUUGUUUAAGAACUCUUUGAAUUAUCAUUCAAAAUGAGUGGCAAUUGAAUUUUUUAAAAAUUGGAGACUGGUUAUAGUUUCUAGGCCUUAUCCAAUUAAUUAUUAAACAGCUUCCUGAGUCCAACUUCCAAAAUAAGUAGAACAAAAAAAUCAACAAUUUAAAUUUUUUUAAAAACAAUUUCAUGUAAAAAUUAAUGUAAAAAACACCCUGUUUUAGAGUUGUUCGUUUUCAAAAAACAGGGGAAAACGUUAGCUGAGAUUCUUUUGUUUGUUUGUUGUUUGUUUCUUGAGCUAUUUAUUUAUGACAGAAUAAAAAUGUAAACACAAAUUUA